AUGGAUGACAACGAUCAGACGCCGAUCGGGCUCGAGGAGGGGUGGCGGGACAUGGACGCCGGCGUCGCCAGGCUCAAGCGCAUCCUCCACGGCGUCGACGGCGUCAGCUUCACCUCCCAGGAGUACAUCCACCUCUACACAACGAUUUUCAACAUGUGCACGCAGAAGCCGCCCUACGACUACUCGGAGCAGCUCUACGAGCGCUACAAGCAGGCCCUCGAGGACUACAUCAAGUCCACCGUCUUGCCCGCGUUAAAGAGCAAGCACGGCGAGUUUCUGCUGAGGGAACUGGUGGAGAGGUGGAAGAACCACAAGGUGAUGGUCAGGUGGUUGACCAGGUUCUUCCACUACCUCGACCGCUACUACGUUUCGCGCAAGGCGCUCAAGCCGCUCAAGCUACUCGGCGUGAGCUGCUUUUAUGAUCUAGUUUUCAAUGGGCUAAAAACAACACUGACGACGAUUCUUCUUGACAUGAUCGAUAACGAGAGGGAAGGCCAGCUUAUAGACCGUGCUCUUGUGAAGGAUGUCAUCGAUAUCUAUCUCGAAAUUGGACAGGGAGGUGUCGAUCUUUACGAGCCUGAUUUCGAACAAGCCUUUUGCAAGGCCACCACAGAUUACUAUUCUAAAAAGGCACAAACCUGGAUGCUGGAGGAUUCCUGCCCUCAAUACAUGCUCAAGGCGGAGGACUGUUUACAGAAAGAGAAAGAGCGAGUCGCGCAUUACUUGCAUUCUUCAACCGAAGAAAAGUUGCUAGAGGGUACUAUGUUAGAGCUCAUAAGUAAACGCGCAGAAGAAAUCUUGAACAAGGAAAAUUCUGGAUGCAGAGUGUUGCUUUUGGACGGAAAGUCUGAGGAUCUAUCAAGAAUGUAUAGGCUCUUUGCCAAGAUAGAGGCUGGGAUGUCUCAUGUAUCAAAAACAUUUAAGGAGCAUGUCAGGGAAGAGGGCAUGUCCUUGUUGAAACAUGCAGCAGAUGCUGCCAACGGCGCAAAGAAUGAGAGGAAGGAAACUGUGGGUUCGCCGGAGCAGGAGUUUGUGCGGAAAGUGAUUGAGCUCCAUGACAAACAUCUAGCUUAUGUCAUCAACUGUUUCCAAAACAACUUAAUAUUUCAUAAGGCUCUUAAGGCGGCCUUCGAAGACUUCUGCGACAAAGAUGUUGCUGGUUGCACUAGUGCCGAGUCGCUUGCAUCAUUCUGUGAUAGCAUCUUGCGGAAAGGUGGAAGUGAAAAGCUAAGCGCCGAAGUCGUAGAAGAUACCCUUGAUAAGGUUGUGACCAUUCUCACAUUCAUCAGUGAUAAGGAUCUCUUUGUUGAGUUUCACAGGAAGAAGCUUGGAAAGAGAUUGCUUUUUGAUAAGAGUGCCAAUAACGUACAUGAGCAAAACCUUCUUUCCAAGCUCAAGCAGUACUUUGGGGGUCACUUUACUUUAAAAAUGGAGGGCAUGGUCAAUGAUGUCACAACAGCAAGAGACAAUCAGGCAAACUUUGAAGAAUACAUGAGAAAACAACAAGAAUCAAAUCACCGGGUAGACUUGACUGUUACUGUUCUGACGACAGGAAACUGGCCAAGUUACAAAACCUCAAACAUAAACCUUCCUUCCGAGAUGAUUAAGUGCGUCGAGAUGUUCAAGGAUUAUUACAAUUCCAAACAGAAAUCCAGAAGGCUCACUUGGAUCUAUUCCAUGGGAAAUUGUAAUAUCGUUGCAAAGUUUGACGCCAAACCUAUCGAGCUGAUUGUUACAACAUAUCAGGCUGCAAUGCUUCUGCUAUUCAACGGAUCUGAACGACUAAGUUACUCUGAGAUCGUAACACAACUAAAUAUGCCCGAUGACGAUGCCGUGCGCCUGCUCCAUUCACUCUCAUGUGCAAAGUAUAAGAUUCUUAACAAAGUGCCAAGCAACCAAACAAUUUCUCCAAAAGACGUCUUUGAGAUCAACCACAAAUUUACCGACAAAAUGAGGAGGAUAAAGGUACCACUUCCUCCUACCGACGAGAAGAAGAAGGUUGUCGAGGAUGUCAACAAGGACAGGAGGUUCUCAAUCGAUGCGAGCAUCGUGCGCAUCAUGAAGAGCCGCAAGGUCAUGGUUCAUCAGCAGCUCGUCGCGGAAUGCGUCGAGCAGCUCAGCCGCAUGUUCAGGCCUGACAUAAAAAUUAUCAAGAGGAGGAUUGAGGAUCUUAUCAGCAGGGAAUACUUGGAACGAGACCUGGAGACUGCCAACACCUACAGAUACUUGGCUUGAUUGAUGCACCUAUCACCACGACGUUGUGAAAGAAAGAUGUUGAAUUACCAAGUGCUUUAAUCUGUUGAACAUCUUGUACCUUUUG